AUGUAUGUACAUAAAAUUGAAGCUUUGAACGAAAUUCCCGAUAUAGAUAUCGAUAACAUGCCGCAACAUAAAAUAGUAACAGAGUGGUUGCUCCAGGAUAUUCGACGAGGUAAUCAUUUAUUGCUAGUCGAUAACCAGGGAUUUGAAAGCAAUAAAAGUACAGAAAGACUGUUACAGCUUUUAAAUCGUCCUACAGAAUACAUACAACUGCACCGCGACACAACAAUUCAGUCUUUAACAGUUCAACCAACUUUCAAAAAUGGCACUGUUACUUAUGAGGAUUCACCUCUUGUUAAAGCCGUUAAAUAUGGCUACGUGUUAGUUGUUGGUGAAGCAGAUAAAGCACCAAUAAAAGUGACAAGCAGAUUAAACACUUUAAUGGAAUAUAAAGUGAUGGUACUGGGUGAUGGUAGGAAAAUAAUUCCCAAGGAAUUUAUGAAUAGUUCUGGAAGCAAAUCAUCGAGUUUUAUUCCCGUGCACAAAAACUUUAGAAUGAUAAUUAUGACCAGACGCACUGGAUUACCGUUCUUUGACAAAGACUUUUCUGCUUCCUUAGGUAAUUUUUACGUCGUAUAA